GUGUCAGUGAACUGUCAGUGAACUGUCAGUGGAGCAGGAGAAGAAAUCUUUGGUGGUUUAUAUGCUGCUGUUGCGUUCAGGUGUCUCUGCAAAUGCUGCAGUUUUGUUAGUAAAUCAAUAGACAGAAGCUGUCAGACAGCUCUGUGAUGAUUGGACUUUGUGUGUCAAACUUGUUGACGCAUUACUUAUUUGUCAGUGAGAGGAAUUAUGACCUUUAACUCGUACUCGGUUGUGUAAUGAUUCUGGUCAGAGAAUCAGGUCAGUCAGAGAGAUUUGUCUCCACAGGAGUCUGUCCCAGUGGCAGAUGAGACUCCCUCUUUGCACCUUCAGGACUUUACUCUUUCGAAGGCAAACGGCAAACCAGCAGAGGCGAGGCUUGAGUGGAGCAGCCAUGCGUUUGGUGCAGUUCCGUCGCCAAGGUGACGAAGGAGUCAUCAGAGUGGGAGUGGAGCAGGGUGAAGGGUCUGGAGUGGUGGAUCUGAAGGCGUUUGACCCCUCCAUGCCCUCGACUGUGAGAGAGCUGCUGGAGCUGGGAGACAAGGGUCUGGAGUGUGCACAGAGGGCUUUGGCGUCUGGUCAGUGUGUGGUGGAGCGUUCAAACAUCCACCUGCUGUCUCCUGUGUUAGCUCCAGAGAAGGUGGUGUGUGUGGGCAUGAAUUACCGUGACCACUGUCUGGAACAAAACGCUCCCAUCCCCACAGAGCCGAUCAUCUUCAGCAAGUUCCCCAACGCCAUCACUGGCCCGUACGAUGACAUCACACUACCUUCAGAGAGCCAGGAGGUGGACUGGGAGGUGGAGCUGGCCUUUGUGAUUGGACGAAGAGGAAAACACAUUCAGGAGGAAGAAGCUCUCUCAUAUGUGGCUGGAUUUACUGUGGCUAAUGACGUCAGUGCACGUGACUGGCAGAUGAAGCGAAAUGGGAAGCAGUGGCUUCUUGGAAAAACGUUUGACAGCUUCUGUCCUCUUGGUCCUGCCUUAGUUACCACCGACGCAGUAAAAGAUCCUCACAACCUGAACGUCCGCUGCCUGGUUAAUGGAGAGACAGUCCAGAGCAGCAACACGGACCAGAUGAUCUUUAAGACAGCAGCACUGGUUGCCUGGGUCUCAAAGUUUGUGACUUUGACUCCAGGAGAUGUGUUUCUGACGGGCACUCCUCCCGGCGUGGGAGUGUUCAGAAAACCACCCGUCUUCCUCAAGAAAGGAGACGUUGUGGAGUGCCAGAUAGACCAGAUAGGCUCUAUAAUCAACAAAGUCGUCUAAACUCUGAGACAAACGGCUCAAAAACACUUUUUGCUUUACACAAUAAAAUACGAGGUCCACUUUU